AGUUUGAACGAUUCUUUUGAACUUCCAUGACGAUGGAUAGAUGAUAACGGGAGCUUCUUCCUUUCCUUCCUUCUGCUUCGGUUCCAGGAUUCUAAAGCAAAAGCACGUCGAUCUGAAAUUCUUGCUGCCCAACUUCAUUAUUACCAGAAGAUCCCUUUGGUCCUCCUCUCCUCCUGCUACGAGCUCCCCACGAUUCUCGGCGGAGUUGAUUCCAACAUCGGUUGCCCCGCGGUCACUACUUCCUUCUGUAAGCCCUUCUUCAAUCUCCCAUUGCCAGAUAAUUCAUUCCUGGAUAAUCAAAUCGGGAAAGUAUGGCGGCUUUGGGUUUGUUGGUGAUCGAUUGGUGGCUACUUAUGCAAAAUUCGGUCGUCUAGACUAUGCUCUGAACUUGUUUGAAGAAAUUCCUCACAAGGAUUUGGUGUCAUGGAAUUCCAUGAUUUCGGUGUUUUCACAGAGAGGGAGCUUGAGAGAUAACCUGAACAUUUUACGUAGGAUGAGAUCAGAGGUCGGCUUGGGGUUCAAUGAGGUGACACUCGUCUCGAUCCUCCCAGCUUGUGCCGCUGCCCAAGCUUUAGACGCUGGCGAAUGCAUCCAUGGUUACGCUGUGAAAACGGGGUUUUGUAUAGAGACUAAGGUUGUGAACUCCCUCAUUAACAUGUAUGGGAAAUGCGGUUCUGUGGAUGCAGCUUGUCGUUUGUUUCAGGCAAUGCCCUUGAAGACUUUAGUUUCGUGGAAUACGAUGGUUAUGAUUCACGCUCAAAGUGGAUUUGUUGAGGGUGCGAUCGAUCUCUUCAAUUCAAUGAGAAGAGCUAGCAUCAAGCCCGAUCGAGUUACCAUCAUGACCUUGCUUCAAUCUUGUGCGGAUUUAGCUGCAGAGAGAACAGCAAAGGCCAUUCAUGGCUGCAUCAUGAAUUCGGGGUUCAAUUCAGAUGUGGCCAUUGCUACUGCUCUUAUAAUUGCGUACGCAAAAUCAGGGGGAUUGGAUGCUUUUCAUGACGUUUUCCAUGAGCUUAAAAACCCAGAUAUGAUAGCUUGGACCGCCAUGCUUGCAGGCUAUGCCACACAUGGUCAUGGAAAAGAAACAAUCACUAUCUUCAAUCUCAUGGUUAAGGAAGGAUUGGAGCCUGAUCAUGUGACCUUCACACACGUCUUGAGCGCUUGUAGUCACUCAGGCCUAGUCGUAGAGGGCAAGAAAUAUUUUGAGGUUAUGUCAAAUGUUUAUGGAGUGGAGCCAAGGGUGGAUCAUUAUUCAUGCAUGGUUGAUCUACUUGGUCGGUCUGGGCUUUUAGAAGAAGCGCUUGAGCUAAUUCAGAGUAUGCCCAUCAAGCCAAAUGCUGCUGUUUGGGGGGCAUUGCUGGGUGCUUGUAGGAUCCACAAUAACAUUGAACUUGGGAAAGAAGUUGCAGAGAGAUUGUUUGAAAGUGAUCCAUUAGACCCCAGGAACUAUAUCAUCCUAUCAAAUAUGUAUUCUGCAGCAGGUUUAUGGGCAGAUGCCUCUAGGAUCAGGGCUUUAAUGAAGGACAGAGGACUCAAAAAGAGCCCUGGGUGCAGCUUCAUCGAACAUGGAAACAAAGUCCACCGAUUCGUAGUGGAUGAUCGGUCUCAUCCAGAGUCUGAGAAGAUACAUGCUAGGUUAGAAGAACUUAUUGAGAAGAUGCGUCGAAUUGGUUUUGUUCCUAAGACAGAAUUUGUUCUACAUAAUGUUGAUGAGGAAGUGAAAGAGGGUAUGAUCAACAAACAUAGUGAGAAGCUAGCAAUUGCAUUUGGGCUUCUGGUGAAGGGUGAGGGAAUGCCUAUAAUGAUAACUAAGAACCUUAGAAUCUGUGGGGAUUGUCACAGUGCUGCAAAGUUCAUGUCGUUGAUAGAGAAUCGUAUAAUUGUCAUUCGAGAUUCAAAACGAUUCCACCAUUUCGCCAAUGGAUUGUGCUCCUGUGGAGAUUAUUGGUAACCCUCAUUCUGCUUCUUGAGCUCUGAUUAUUUACAAAAGCUGUCAAAUGUAAUUUUGUUUAA